ACAUAUUACAUCGACCGUAGAUAUAAUGCGAUAACCAUUGGCGGCCCCAGGAGGGCCGAUGGCUUAGCAUUCUUUUGAAAACACUGCUUUGAAAACUUAUUUUGUUAAGUCUGAAAGUGUCAUUUCAAGAAAUCUAGAGAGGCUCACAUGAACCCGGCCACUUUAGAGUGUACAUUUUUGUGAUAGGAAAAUUUAUAGUAGCAGGUUAGGAUGACGAUUAUAUUCAAAAUUACGUUUGAGAGUGCCAUUUCCGACCAUCUAGAGGUGUCAUAGUAAAUCAUAUUUCUUACCAAAUACUAUGGUGAGAGAAUAGAGAAAAUAGACCAUCCCUGUGAUAUUAUCCCUCUGUAAGUUAUUCCCCCAGGUCUUCUAUUUCGAAUCCCGCUAUUUAUUUAAAAAAAAAAAAAAAGUGGGUGGGGCUGUCGGCCCGCCGGUGGUCUCAUCUAAUUGCAAUUUUCCCCCAACUCAAAAAGGUUGAAUACCAGGGGCCUGUGUGGUGGUAAGGUGUUGCUUUUCACUUUGCGGUAGACAUCUUCGAUGAUGACAAACAGUGCUGAGCAGCGAAGCAUAACCAAUGGAAAUAACAUAGCGGUUUGGCAACAUUUUCUGAGGUCAAAUUUAUUUAAAAAAUCAUAACCUCUUAACGGCGCGUCAACAUUAUUUUCUUCUUUAAGAUGUUGGCAAAGGAUUUAUCUACGUUCUGUAUGAAUAGAAAAAAAAAAUGAGAAUAUUUCCAAACAUCAAGUAAAAAGUACCAAAAAAAAAAAAAAAAAAAAUGUAAUUUUCAAUUUUUAAGCACACGUCGCUCUUAUUGCCUUUAAAUGGAAAUCCGAAGUCGGAAACACAGUUUUAGGAUUGCGGCAUAAUUCGACGUCGAAAAUAAUGAAUUGACGUCGAAAGCAGGGGAGUUCGACGUCGAAUCAAAGUCGAAUUCCCUGAAUUUGAAUCGUCAAAUACCUAACUAUUGUAACUGUUUGGUUUUCUUGAAUCCGCCACUGACACAGUCACACGCAAAAGUAGAAGUAUUCAAGUACUGGUCUGGAGACAAAUUUAAAUAUAAAUUUAGAAAACUGAUAUUAAAAUAUUGAUAACGAUAUUCAUAUUAAAAAAGUAAAAUGAAAAAUUUGACAAAUAUUUAAAAUGAUAGGCCUACAAAUUAAAGUAUAUGAGCAUGCUUUAUUCUGAGGAUUUAGAAGAGAAAAUUCGGAAAUGAUGUGUUUCUAAAAAAAACUUAGUUACUGAUCACAACAGAUAGGUCUCAACAAUGGUACGAAUUUGUUGUUUCUUAAUUAUUACAUAUAAACAAUCACAGGCGGACCCCCGAACGUAAUGAUUACGUAUUGAUUCACUUCAUUCAUGCAUUAUUUGCUGAAGUCCAAUCUUUAAUACAGUUUAUUGCAGUUCGCCUAAAAGCUUUACAGAUUAAAUAACUGCAAAUAAUUAUAUGCAGAUAAGAUUUGGCUUUCUUUUUCCUUCAUAAAACUUAAUAAGUCUAUUUGCCAUUUUACUAUUUUGUUCCUAAUUUUUAAGCGUUAAAAUAUAAUGGUGGUGAUCUUUUCAUGGAGUGGCUGUACACAAACCAUAGAAUUAAAGUUGUUUAUUAAGCUGUUUGUUCUCACUGAUAUCGAAUUGUACUGGAAUUCGACUGAUACAUAUGAACUUUUUUUUUGAGGAAAUAAGUUCAUUAUUUUCCUUGAACACUUUGAUAAAUAUUAACUUGUCGACAUUUGAACGGUAAAAAUCGGUCAAGUAUAACCCGUUUUGCUGUGUGCAUAACAAUUAAUACAUUAGUGCUAACAAACGUCCGUUAUAUAGGCUAUACAUUAUAGUUUUUCAUCGCCAACUAUAAUCCAUACAGACGGCAGUUUUAGGCCCUAUAGUUUUCAUCGUAUAAACCAUUCGUAUUUCAUAAUGGAUUAAAUUCAACUGUUUUCGGGUAUUUAUCGUGUUCAUUUUUUUUUAUAAUAGUGCCUAUCAAAAAGCACGUUGGUACUGGCGCCGCUGUUCUUGAAAAAUAUCAAUUUAAAGGCAGUAUAUCACUGUAUUGUAUUAUAGGGGGAUGGGGGUUAAACAGUAAAACUACAAAUAAUGUACAGACAUCAUUUGUUUGUUUUUUACUUUUAUUCAAAUAUAUUUAACAUACACCAAGUAAUUUUCAAGCGUUAAGAUAUACUUGGCGCAUAGAGACUGCUGUAUUAUGCGCCUAAUAAAUCUAUUGAUUGAUUGGUGGUGUAAUUUCAGUACAAGGUCGAGGCUUUUUCGAUUUAAAAGCAGUAGGCCUACAUUACUGUAUUAUGGGGAUAGGGGUUAAACCAUGGUUAAACAGUCAAACUGCAAAUAAGGUACAGACAACAUUUGUUUGGUUUUCUUUUAUUCCAAACAUAUUUGACAUCCACCAAAUGUUUUUCAAGCUUUAAGAUAUACAAGUUCAACAGGUUCCAGUGAUCUUUCCUUUAGUGGCUACCCAAACCAUAGUAUUAAAGUUGUUUAUUAGGCUGAUUGUUCUCACUGAUAUCGGAUCGUCCUGGAAUUCGACUGAUACUAUGAACUUUUAUUUAUGGAAAUAAGUUCCUCAUUUUCUUUGAACACUUUGAUAAAUAUUAACUUGCACAUCACGUCGACAUUUCAACGGUAAAAAUCGGUCAAGUAUAACCCGUUUGCUGUGUGUACAACAAUUAAUACGGUACAUUGUCAUUAGUGAUAACAGACGGCCGUUAGGCUAUACAUUAUAGUUUUUCAGCGUAUAACUAUAAUCCAUACAGACGGCAGUUAUUUUAUAUUUUCUCAUCGUAUUUUGUCAUGGAUUCAGUUCAACUGUUUUUGGCUAUAUGUCGUGUCUAUUUUUUAUAAUAGGGCCUAUCAAAAAGCACGUUGGUACGGCGCGCCGCUGUUCUUGAAAAAUAUCAAUUUAAAAGCUGUACCGUAUAUUACUGUUCUGUAUUAUAGGGGAUGGAGGGUUAAACCAUGGCUAAACAGUCAAAUUGCAAAUAAGCAAUAAUAAUUUGUUUGGUUUUCUUUUAUUCCAAACAUAUUCAACAUCCACCAAGUAAUUUUCAAGCGUUAAGAUAUUCUGGUGUUGCAAUUUCACUACGACUGAUCUUUUGCUGGAGUGACUACCCAAACCAUAGAAUUAAAGUUGUUUAUUAUAGCUGAUUGUUCUCACUGAUAUCCAAUUGUACUGGAAUUAGACUGAUACAUAUGAACUUUUAUUUAGGGAAAUAAGUUCCUCAUUUUCUUUUACUCAUUCACUUUUAUAAAUAUUAACUUGCACAUCACGUCGACAUUUGAACGGUAAAAAUCGGUCAAGACAGUAUAACCGAUUUGCUGUGUGUACAACAAUUAAUACAGUGCUUAACAGACGGCCGUUAGGCUAUACAUAAUAGUUUCUCAUCGUAUAACUAAUCCAUACAGACGACAGUUAUCUUAUAGUUUCUCAUCGUAUAAAUCAUACGUAUUUUAGCAUGGAUUAAAUUCAACUGUUUGUGGCUAAUUAUUAUGUCUACUUAUUGUGUCUAUUUAUUAUAACAGGGUCUAUCAAAAAGCACGUUGGUACUGGGCGCUGCUGUUCUUGAAAAAUAUCAAUUUAAAGGCAGUAUCACUGUACUGUAUUAUAGGGGAUGGGGAGGGGGGUUAAACAGUCAAACUGCAAAUAAGGUACAGACAACAUUUGUUUGUUUUUCUUUUAUUCCAAAUAUAUUUGACAUAGGCCUACACCAAGUAAUUUUUAAGCGAUGUGGUGGUGUAAUCUCACUACAUGUUCGAGUGAUCUUUCCAUGGAGUGGCUCACAAACCAUAGAAUUAAAGAUGUUUAUUAAGCUGAUUGUUCUCAUUGAUAUCGAAUUGUACUGGAAUUCGACUGAUACAUACAACUUUUAUUUAGGGAAAUAUGUCCAUCAUCGGUAAAAACCGGUCAAGUAUAAACCCGUUUUUCUGUGUGUACAACAAUUAAUACAGUGCUAACAGACGGCCGGGCUAUACAUUAUAGGCUAUAGUUUCUCAUCGUAUAAUUACCAUCCAUACAGACGGCAGUUAUAUCUUAUAGUUUCUCAUCGUAUGAACCAUACGUAUUUUAGCAUUCGGCUAUUUAUCGUGUCUAUUUUUUUAAAUUUAUAAUAGGGCCUAUCAAAAAGCACGUUGGUACUGGGCGCCGCUGUUCUUGAAAAAUCAAUUUAAAAGCAGUAUAUUACUGUACUGUAUUGAAUUGGAAUUCGACUGAUACAUAUGAACUUUUAUUUAGAGUUCUAAGUUCCUCCUAAUUUUCUUUGAACGCUUUGAUAAAAUUAUCAAAUUAUUAUUAUUCCUGAUGAUGACAUAAUUAAUGUCGAAAUAUUGAAUCCCAACACGAUGGCGUGUAUUUCAAUACUUGCAGUAUGUAUUAUACUUUCAUGUCGACAUUUGAACGGUAAAAAUCGGUCAGGUAUAGGCCUUUUGGGUGCAAAAAAGACGUAAACAUGUUUACACUAAUCAAUACAGUGCUGGCAGACGACUAUUAUAUCUUAUAGGUUUUAAUUGUGUAGACCAUACGUCUUUAAGCAUGGCUUUAAUUCAACGGUUUUAGGCUAUUUAUCGUAUCAGUUUUUUGUUUUUUAAUAAUAUAAAAAUGUAAUUGGUGCUGGGCGCCGCGUCCGGACCAAAGCUCUGUUAAAAUGUUCGUCAUCAUACAAAAUCUGGUAUGAGGAUUUGUUUUUUGUUUUUAUACACACCGAUAAAAACUUGGAUAUUUUUUCUAGGCUCAAAAUGCUCGUCUUUAUUCUUGAAAAAUUAUCAUUUUACAGUGUUAUUACCGUACUAUAUUAUUAAUAAAUCAUAUUCAAAUUCAAUUUUAUCUCAGUCUUCUCCAUAUAAAACAAUUUACUGAAAACACAAAAAAAACAAUAAGCAUUAUAGGAAGGUUAAAUACAGUAAACGUUUAAACGUAGGCCUAUAACAUUUGUAUCUGAAAGACGGCUGUUAUACCUUGAUUUAACUUAAUUAAUAUAGGCCUAUAUUGGUAUCAUUUUGAGUCGGUAUACUCAGGCGAUGAAAAUUGUCAUAAUUGUAAUAGGACAGCAUAUUUGUUAGAUAGUCAAUUACAACAACCAAUUGAAACUGAUUAUCUACAAGUAUUUAUUGUCCUGCAAACAAAUGCUUGUGCAUUGUUUGUACCAGCAACUUAUAGUCCACAGUUUAUUUAAUAUACAAAAUCAAUUCAACUAACAAUAAGAUGCUUAUAUAAAAAGCAAGUCAGAUGGUAGUCCUACAUUCAGUACCAACCUAAAUUUUAGCACCGUGUUGAGAAAUACUGUAUCAAAUUUAAGAAAUUAAAAAAUUUGUUAUGGAGGCUCGCGAGGAGGAUGAUUUCCUGUUUGAAAGCACAGCGUUUGACUGUGGAGAUGCUGCAUGGGUCGACUUGGUUAGAGACUCUUUGGAUGAAAAAGUCUUGUAUGAUGGAUGUACCAUCACAGAUCUCGAUAGUGUGGCCCUUUUAAUGGCAUUUUAUAUCGAGAACAAAGCCACAAAGCGUUUGAUGGAGGAUGUUCUCCAUCUCAUAAGGAAGCACAUGCCAAAAUCGGCUGUAUUACCAAAUCACUUGAAAUCAACAUACCAUUUAAGAAAGCUUUUUCUACAUGGUAAGAAAGAAAAGAUUCACCAGCACAACAUUUGCCAUUUUUGCUGCAAACUGCUAUCGGAAACAGACGUCGGAGUUUGUGCGACUUGUGAAAAGCCCAUCAAGAAAAAUCCUCGUUUUUUUGUUACUAUUGACAUCGCAAGUCAGUUAAAUGAAUUAUACAAAGAUCCCAGCUUCAGGAAAAACUUAACUUACAGAGAGACCAGAAAGAAACCCAACAACGAUGUCAUAUCAGACAUCUAUGACGGAUCGUUAUACAAAGAAAAUUUAGGUCCCGGUGGGUUCUUAAAUGAUGAAUCUAACUUGAGUAUGGUAUGGCAUACGGAUGGUGCUCUGGUAAGCAAGAGCUCAAAUGUGUCGAUCUGGCCGGUGCAGGCUGUAAUUAAUGAGCUGCCGCCAAGGAUGAGGUUUACAAAAGAGCGAACAAUUUUAUUCGGCUUGUGGUUCGGAAAGGAUAAGCCGUUGUUAUCAACAUUUUUGAUGCCGAUUAUAGAUGUGUGGAAUGAUUUACAAACUAAAGGUGUCGUUGUUAAGUCAGGUUCGACUCGGAAGACCGUGCGGAUAAAGAUCUUGGCAGGAACCAUGGAUUUGCCUGCAAUGAGCAUGGUCAAGGAAAUUAAGCAAUUCAACAGUUUUUACGGCUGCGGAAUUUGCGAGGAAAGAGGUGUUCGGCUAAAAAAGGGGAAAGGAAGUGUCCAGGCAUAUCCGUACUGCCCGGAACCAGUUUUUGACGAUUUAUAUUGUGUUUGUUUUGUAUUAGGUGGUCGGGGUUAAACAACGGACCAUGUUAUCAUUUGUCAAAGGGUUCGACCCAGCAGCUCACGUCAUGGUAGAUUAUCUACAUGGGAUAUGUAUUGGUGUGACGAAAGCCCUGGUGAAGUGUUGGAUGAAUGACACAAAAGAGCCUUACUACAUAGGCAACAAAGUUGAUGUCAUCGAUUCCAAGUUAGCUGAAAUCAAGCCACCGGACAACCUGACCCGAAACCCCCGUUCAUUCGCAGCCGAGUUGCCGAAUUUUAAAGCUGCCGGACAGACGGAAAAGGGACUUCCGGGAAGAAUUGGGCGUUCAGCUGACAGGCUGAAAAAAGCAACUAGAUGUCUACGCUACAUUUGCAACCGCAUAUUCUCAAGGGAGGAAUUGGAAACAUGUAAUAUUUCAGGUGUAAAUGGGAAAACUGCAGUGGAUUCACGACGAUUAGAAAUGAUAGAAGAUUACAUGCAGUCGCGAUUCAAUUUAGACGCAACCACUGUCCGCCGAGAAAUCGGAAAGAAAUUUCGGGAAGUUCAGUAUCUAAAGGCCAAGAAAAACAAAUGAGUAGCCCGGAAGUGAUUCAUCAUAAAAUCUAGUAUAAAUUUUUUUAAAAGAUAUUUUUAAGUGCUGUUUCAUCAUUAUUAUUAUUAUUAUUAUUAUUAUUAUUAUUAUUAUUAUUGUGAUUAUUAUUAUUAUUAUUAUUAUCUAUAGAAGUUUAGUUGCGUGUAAUUCAUCAUAAAAUUUAGUAUAAAUUUUUAUUAUUAUUAUUAUUUAUUUAUUAUUAUUAUUAUGCCUAUUAAUUAUUAUUAUCAUCUAAGUUUAGAUGCGUGUAGUUAAUUUAACUUAUAAAAUUUAGUAUAAGUUUUUAAAUUUUUAA